CACUUUGCAAUCUCCUCGCUGCAACACAAUCGCUGCGCUACAUCGGAGCAGCGCGGCCACUUCCGUCAUAUCACGAACGACGAGCCCAAUCCGACGAAGAACCGGCUGGUGCUUCCGCAUGUGAAGCUCCCUCAGCCGUGCACCAGAGCCAGCGCCGUGGAGGAGGUAAGAAGUCCCCGCGAGCCUCCGCGCUCUUCUAAAGCGGCGUCAAGGUCGACAGAGACCUCUCCAGCUCCUCGCCCCCGCCCCGCCGCUCCUCGCCGCCCCGGACACGUCGCGACCAAGAGCUCGAGCGCGGUGCCCACGCUGUCGACGCUGACCAUCGCGCCCACCCGAAGCCCCACCAAGGCGCAAUCAACAUCAUCGACCGCCGCAUCCCCGACGUCGCUGCUCGGCCUGCGCCCGGCCAGCAGCAUGUCCCACGACGCCUUUGGCCAGCACACUGCAGCGGAUCUGCUGCGCCAGUCCCUUAUGCAUGGCAAAACGAACAUGGCCGAAGACGAUCAUCACGACCAGAUAGGCAGCGGCGCCUCGACACCGCCCAACGGCACAGCGACGCCGCGCCCUGAUGCGCACCAGGAUAAGCGAUUCCCGCAACUAGUCAACAGUUACUUCGCUCAGGUUCGUGAUUCUCUUACACGCCCAAAACCUUCCUCCGAAGCCCCAUCACUUGCACAAGAGGUAGAAAGUGAGAAGGCACAAUCGAUGGACCAAAAGCAGCUAGCCCAGCAAGAGCAACAGGAGCAGAGUGCUGCUGUCGCCGCUCUGAACCACGCGCUCGCCGGUGGCACCCAAGCUCCUCCCAACGCGGCUCAGACACAGCUCCCCACUGCGCCCAGCUCGCCACGCAGCGGCAACAGCUCGCAGUGGGAGUCGCCGCCUCUGUUGCCACAUGAGAAGAAGCACGGCCACCCUAUAGAGGAGAAACAUUCCUCACUUCCUACACCACCCCUCUCCAACUCAUCGUCGGUGCUGCAAAUGGCCGACGUGCUGGCCAGCUCGGGCGGCGUAGAUCCCUUGACUCCUCUCGACCGGCAAGCCUCACGGGGCGAGCAGAAGAGAAGUCUGAGCGGAUUGCCGUCACGAUUGCGCCGCAGCACGCUGUCCACUGCCCUCAACAGCAUUGUCACUUUGACAGACACUCCUGCUGCACAUAUCUCCAACCCCACGUCUGAUGCAGCGGCUGCUCCAGACACGUUAUCUGAUACGCGUUCCACCACUCCACCUCAAUCGCCUAAAGUGCAAGAAAAGGGAAAGCAGGUGCUAACGCAGGGCGAACAUCAGAAUACUCCACCUCAGACUCCACGAUCGGGUUCACUCGCCAGCAGGUCGAACAAAGAUGAUGUAGCGAUUGCGUCGAAAGCCGCCAAAUCGAGCCGAUCGAGUUCCAGCAAUUCUCAGGGUGCAGUCAUCGGUUCGCUUCGAGGUCAAUUGGAGGUCUGCAUCGAAGAGGGCAGAGGAUUGCGGCCAUCAACAGACCCUUAUGUGGUUUGCAUCUUCCAGCUCAAUGAGGACAUCUCGGGUGGUCCGAAAGAGGAUGAGAUGGCGGUGGAUGAUGAGAAGCCACAGGACGAGAACCUCGCAAAAGGCGUUGCAAUGAAGAGAAUGGGCAGCGGACAAGGCGCACCAAUGGCAAUCCCUGGCUUGAAGAGCAGACAGACAAGUCAGACCAACAUUGCAGAUCUGCGACGAGGUUCGCAUAACAAGCACCAAGAGACGACAGAUCCAGUGUGGAGGCAUAAAGCUACAUUCGAUGUCGUGGGCGACAACAACGAGAUCGACAUCUCGGUGUACGAUCGAGCGAACAACGAGUCGUUCAUUGGACAUGUGCGGUUGCCGCUAGACCUGAACGACUACGAGCAUCAGCACGAGGACUGGUUCAAGCUGCAGCCGAGGGAGGGUCUGACAGAAGCGGUAUCUGGAGAGCUCCACAUCAAGAUCGCCUUCCAUGCCGCGGGCAAGAAGACAUUCGGGCCCGAUGACUUUGAGAUCCUGAAGCUGAUCGGCAAGGGCACAUUUGGCCAAGUCUUCCAAGUGCGAAAGCGAGAUACAAAGCGCAUCUACGCAAUGAAGGUGCUCUCGAAGAAGGUUAUUGUGCAGAAGAAGGAAAUUCAGCACACGAUCGGCGAGCGCAACAUUCUGGUGCGAACUGCAACAACAGAAUCGCCGUUUAUCGUCGGGCUCAAAUUCUCGUUUCAGACUGCGGCAGAUCUAUACCUUGUCACCGACUACAUGUCAGGUGGUGAGCUGUUCUGGCACUUGCAAAAGGAGGGACGCUUCGUGGAAGAGCGAGCCAAGUUUUAUAUUGCAGAGCUUAUUCUUGCACUUCGACACUUGCAUCAACACGAUAUUGUGUAUCGUGACCUGAAGCCGGAGAACAUCUUGCUCGAUGCAAAUGGGCAUAUCGCACUGUGCGACUUCGGUCUCUCCAAGGCCAACCUUGCGAAGAACGAUACUACCAACACCUUCUGUGGUACUACAGAAUACCUGGCACCAGAAGUUCUACUUGACGAGCAAGGAUAUACCAAAAUGGUCGAUUUCUGGUCCCUUGGUGUUUUGGUGUUCGAGAUGUGCUGUGGCUGGUCACCAUUCUACGCCGAGGAUACGCAACAGAUGUACAAGAACAUUGCGUUCGGCAAGGUCCGCUUCCCGCGAGACGCGCUCUCCGCGGAAGGGCGCAGCUUCGUCAAGGGGUUGCUGAAUCGAAAUCCGGCACAUCGCUUGGGUGCAAAGGGCGAUGCCGAGGAGCUCAUGGCACACCCCUUCUUCAACGACAUUGACUGGGUUGCGCUUGGGAAGAAGUCGAUCGCACCUCCGUUCAAGCCCAAGCUGAAGGGUGAGCUGGACACCAGCAAUUUCGACCCAGAGUUCACGAAUGCUUUGACUUCAGGCGACCAGAAUUCACUGAACGCCAGAGCUGCAGCCCUUGCCAGCGGUAUCGGCGAUGAGAGCACCCCACUCAGCCCAACAAUGCAGAAUCAGUUCAAGGGCUUCACCUUUGUGGAUGAGAGCACCCUGGAACAGCAAUAUGCCGACCGUGAUGUGGAGGGCGCCGAUAACAACCUGAGUCGCACUUUCAGCAACCGCGCCGGUGAUAGGAUGAGCGGCCUCGAGCCCACGAGUGCGAAGACAGAGAAUGCCGAUGCUGACUUCAACCACGGCAUGCUCGACGACAUUUGAGUAAUUCAAGCGCAGUAUGAAGAGACGAGAUUAUGAAGUGCAUUCGAACGGCGUCAAAAAGCAAGUGCUGCCCAGGCGCAGCGGCGAGAUGCAUGGCGUUGCAAGCGAAUUGAGUUCAACAAGAGAAGAGCCUCACACAAUACCACAUUCGAUACCCUGAGGUGACAACUAGGAGCGAGAUCGUCUAUUGCUGUAUAUUUGUACAGAAACUUUGAGUCCUACUCGUAUCACAAGAUUUAUCAGCACGCAUGAUCACUACAUGCUUCCGACGCGGUAAUAACACAAGCGAGUCUGGCCUGGCACGUUUUGGUCUUCUUUCAUCCGUCGUCCAGGGCGGAGUCUUCACAGCAAGCAAGCAAGAGAGUGUUUUGAACUGCAUCCGGCAAUGGCGUUUGAUGAGGGUUUAAUGCUUUGCGAUCGUUCGACGGGUUUACUUGGCUUCGUGCUUCAAAGAACAACGGCGGGUUGCGAAAGAUGAUAUCCUAUGGGAGGGAAGAAGCGUUUCAGAUUUUGAGCUCCAACAUGCUUAUUAUGGAAUCAGAGGGCGAAGCUGAGAUGACCAUCGACGAGGUUGCAACUUGGAAGGAGAGAGGGGCUCUGCUUUUGCGAACAUUGGGCGAGGUGAAGCGCAUAGCUGUGGGCGUGUCACUUUUAGCGCUCGUAAUGCGAAAUCAGAGUCUGGUUCAACAGUGUGCGUGUUUCCUACUGC